GCCGCCAUCAUGUCCCGGCACCGGAACGUCCGAGGCUACAACUACGACGAAGAUUUUGAAGAUGAUGACGUAUAUGGCCAAUCAGUAGAAGAUGACUAUUGCAUUUCUCCUUCAACAGCAGCUCAAUUUAUCUACUCAAGGCGAGACAAACCAGCCUCAUUUGCUGAGCCGUUAGAAGAGGAAUAUGGCUAUGAAGGUGCAGAAGAUGCUGCUGAUUACUUUACCAUCAAUCACAAGUUGUCUGGAGUUGAUAGAGCCCGUCUUAAUUCAUGCCUUGAUCAAAUGAGAGAAGUUUUGGGAGAAUCUGUACCAGAGCAAACAAUGGUGCAAGCAGUAUUGGACAGUAAAUUUGAUGUACAGAAGGCUUUGGAUCUUGUGCUUUCACAAGACACUAAGCAAAAUACGAAGACGAAGAGUGAGGACCCUGUGAUUAUAGGAAAGAUGACAAAAGGAAAAUCAAAGGAUUCCCAGUCAGCCAGAAUGGAAUCUGAAAUUGUGCCAAAAGUUACCAAAAUGACAGUGUCUGGAAAGAAACAAUCUAUGGGAUUUGAAGUUCCAUGUGCUGUUGCUGAAGAAAAUGGCCAUGUUAAUGCACCUCAGAAAGGACUGUUAAGUGAAGAUGCUGGGGCACCUGAGGCAGUCUCAAAAUCCACUCUUUCACCUCAGAUAGUGCAGGCUUCAGAAGAGCAGAAUAUGGUGCCUACUCCAGUGAAAAAGUCAAGCAAGACAAAACCACAAAUAGAUGUGAAAGCGGAGCUGGAGAAAAGACAAGGCGGAAAACAACUGCUUAAUUUGGUGGUAAUAGGACAUGUUGAUGCAGGUAAAAGUACUUUAAUGGGUCAUCUGCUCUACCUUUUGGGAAAUGUGAACAAAAGAACUAUGCACAAGUAUGAGCAGGAAUCCAAGAAGGCUGGUAAAGCUUCGUUUGCCUAUGCAUGGGUCUUGGAUGAAACUGGAGAAGAGAGAGAAAGGGGAGUAACAAUGGAUGUGGGWAUGACCAAAUUUGAGACAAAGACUAAAGUAAUUACGCUGAUGGAUGCUCCGGGCCAUAAAGACUUCAUUCCGAAUAUGAUCACAGGAGCYGCGCAGGCCGAUGUGGCGAUUCUGGUGGUGGAUGCCAGCAGGGGAGAGUUUGAGGCGGGAUUUGAGACUGGCGGCCAAACCCGAGAGCAUGGAUUGUUGGUGCGUUCCCUUGGAGUGACACAGCUAGCCGUUGCAGUCAAUAAAAUGGACCAGGUCAAUUGGCAACAGGAAAGAUUUCAGGAAAUUACCAGUAAGCUUGGCCAGUUUCUUAGGCAAGCUGGCUUUAAGGAGUCUGAUGUGGCUUAUAUCCCAACAAGUGGUCUUGGUGGAGAAAAUUUAGUUACAAGGGGACAGUCAAAUGAGCUCACAAAGUGGUAUAAAGGAAAAUGUUUGUUAGAGCAAAUUGAUGCUUUCAAGCCACCUCAAAGAUCAGUGGAUAAACCAUUUAGGUUGUGUGUCGCCGAUGUUUUUAAAGAUCAAGGAUCGGGAUUUUGUGUGACUGGUAAAAUAGAAGCAGGCUAUAUUCAGGUUGGAGAACGACUUCUGGCGAUGCCUCCCAAUGAAACUUGCACUGCAAAGGGAAUUACACUGCACGAUGAACCAGUUGAUUGGGCUGCAGCAGGAGAUCACGUUAGUCUCACUUUGACCGGCAUGGAUAUCAUCAAAAUCAAUGUGGGCUGUGUAUUUUGUGAUCCAAAGGAACCAAUUAAAGCUUGUACCCGUUUCAGAGCUCGGAUUCUCAUCUUUAAUAUUGAAGUUCCAAUCACUAAAGGAUUUCCUGUGCUCUUACACUAUCAAACUGUAAGUGAACCUGCUACUAUUAGAAGAUUGUUGAGCGUCCUGCACAAAAGCACUGGUGAAGUGACAAAGAAAAAACCUAAGUUACUGACUAAAGGACAGAAUGCUUUAGUAGAACUACAGACUCAAAGACCUGUAGCUCUAGAAUUGUAUAAGGAUUUUAAAGAGCUGGGGAGGUUUAUGUUACGCUACGGUGGUUCCACUAUUGCUGCAGGAGUUAUCACAGAGAUUAAAGAAUGACAGCAGUUCCAGAACUUCCACAAUGCAACCAAAACACAAUCAGAUAUCUACACUUUUAAGAACCCAGUUACUUCAGUUGAAGGAACAAGUGCRGCUAACUGAGGGCAAAAUACGAUGACGAAAGUCGUAUCAUACGAGACUUCUGGGGAGCCCUUCAUCAGUGUCUCUCACUGCAGAGCAAGAUGCCAACUGACAAGGAGUUGUUAAUUUUGCACUUUCUCAUCUCAAGAGUCCAUGUAUUUCUCCACGUGGAAUUACCCCUUAAAGAGCUUGAUGGAAACAUGCUUAGAAAGUUCAAUUAGAGAAUAAGAUGAUGAAUUAUCAUGAAACAAACUUCUUCCAGCCAUAAAUUGUUUACRUAUUUUCUUUGAUUUGCUUUUUUUGCUGCACAUUAAUUCAGUAAAGUAACUUAAUUGGUCUAAUAUAUYUUGAGGUUUGAGUUGAAUGCAUAUUCAGGGAAGAAAGAACUAUACAGUUACAGAAAAUGACGUGUAGUAUUAUCCUAGGAUUGUUUUUUUUCUAUCCCCAAAUUUAUUUAAAAGAUUCUUUUGCAGUGUAGUGGAAGCUGUGCCAACAUUGGCUAAUUU